UUCAUUAUCUAAAGAUGGUAAAAAGAGUUUAUUUCGAAGUACACGGAUUCGUCCAAGGCGUGGGCUUCCGCUACUUUACGAGAAAGAAGGCUCAUGAAUAUGGCGUCACAGGGUGGUGCCGCAACACUAUAGACGAUACGGUCGAGGGCGAAGCUCAGGGAGAUGACGACAUCAUCCAAAGAUUCUUCAAGGACAUUGGCCAGGGUCCGAGCCAUUCCAAGGUCGACAAGGUUGUCACAGAAGACCGUGAUGUGGUGGAGCGAGAUGGUACCUUUGAGGUCCGGCGAUAAAAUAGAGUGCUUUGUAACCCAUGCCUUGGAACCCGCGCCAUGCCUAAUAAUUAUAUAUAUAUACAAAAAGAAUAAACAAGUGAAACGAUUAUUUCCAACGUCUAGAACCCUCUUCCGCGCCUCUUUAUUACGGGCUUCCUUACUGCGCCUUGAGUGAUAAUCUUCUUCUCAUCUGUGUGGUCUGUUUUCUUCUUAACCGACCGUUCUGCCUCUGCCUGUUUGCGCUCUUCAUCCAGACGUUUAUCUUCCGCC